AAAUAUUGCGGUUGGACAUCCGGGUUGCCAGCGCUCACGUUCCCUACUUGUUAGCUACGGCUGUGGGAGAACAAAUACGGCCAAAAUGCAAAUAUCUAUAGUCAACCUCGUUGUUUUCUCUUUGCUGCAGGUUUUACUUUCUUUUUCGUGUUUUCAAGAAGUUGUUGAAGCAGCAAGUGGAAGAGGGUUUGGAGAUAACAUCCACUGGAGGACACUGGAAGAUGGGAAGAAAGAGGCUGAGGCCAGCGGGCUACCAGUCAUGGUCAUCAUCCACAAGAGCUGGUGUGGAGCCUGCAAAGCUCUAAAGCCCAAAUUUGCUGAAUCCAAGGAGAUCUCUGAACUGGCACACAACUUUAUAAUGGUGAACCUGGAGGAUGAAGAGGAGCCAAAGGAUGAAGCCUUCAGCCCAGAUGGUGGCUACAUUCCUCGGAUUCUCUUCCUCGAUCCCAGCGGCAAAGUUCAUCCAGAAAUCACCAACAGAAACGGGAAUCCCAAUUACAAGUACUUUUACAGCACAGCAGAACAAGUGCUGUCUGGUAUGAAGGAGGCACAGGAGAAGUUGACCGGUGAUGCCUUUAAACAAGGCCACACAGGAGACGAGCUGUGAGGAGUGGAAAUAAAGAGGAGAGAGGGGGGCUCCAUCAACGCUGCAAGGGCUACACUUCCUCUACAUGAGCUGCUGAGAUCCUUCCAUCAAGUCCCUUCUAAUAUUUAUACAUCCAACGGUAGAAAGUAGGUUUAGUCUCAGAUGAUUUUUAAACCCACGGGUGCAUGAGUGUUCCUUUCCGUCCUGCAUGGUUUUCCCAGCUCUGCAAUCGUAUUUCUUUUUUAAUCAUGAAUGUUUCUAAGUUACUCUUUACUAAAUGUCAAAGCAUUUUACUGUAUUUUCUGUCAGUAGAGGAUAUAAGCGACUCUAGUUCGUCUUGUUAACGUUCAUUUAUUGUUAGAUUCCAGCUGUGAAUACUGUUUAAUGCAUUGAAUUUUUGUUUUUUGUUUCUUUGACAUAUAAGGUACAGGUACAGAAACGGACAAAUUAGCCAUGUUAUUUAUGCUAAUGAAGAAAUCAGCAUUUGAUCUGUAAAUUAGUCAUUAUUUGAAAGUAAGGCCUAGAUUCAUGGGGUAAUUUAACAUUUUUCCUAAAGAGAGAAAAUCUCAGGAAAACUGAAAGUUUUUUUAAACUGGAAGUAAAACAGUUUAAUUCGGUCAAAUCUGAUUUAAGAGAUCAAGCAGUUUCGUUGGGAUUUUUAAAUCAUUGUUUCAAUUCUGUGUUAGAAACAUUUGGUGUUUUGGAAAACAUGGUGGAUGGCCCUGGAGGCUCGAGCUCUG